ACUACCAACAGGCACGGAAUUCACGGGAGGAAGUCACUGAGAUUGGGAGACGAACAACAACUCCAAAGGUGCCAAAAAAACUAACGUGGAGACGAGAGGAAGUCAGAACACGGCGACUCGUCAUUGGGAACAGUAAAAACCCUCUAACUUUGGAACAUGGACUAGAGGCGCCGGGUCGCAGCAGAUGGAGGCGGCGAGAACUUUGGUGUUUGUCGGGGCCGUGCUGCUCGGAGCGACGGGCGCGUUGGGCAGAGAAGUGUGCCUGGGUACAGACAUGAAGCUGGCCCUGCCCUCCAGCCUGGAAAAUCACUACGAGACCCUGAGGCUGCUCUACACCGGCUGCCAGGUCGUCCACGGCAACCUGGAAAUUACACACCUUCAUGGAAACCCUGACCUGUCCUUCCUACAGGGGAUUGUGGAGGUACAGGGCUAUGUGCUCGUAGCCCACGUGUCAGUGAGUCUGGUGCCUUUGGACAACCUUCGGAUCAUAAGAGGCAGCCAGCUGUACAACUCCAGCUACGCCCUGGCUGUGCUGGAUAACACUCAGGCCGGACUGGGGCUCAGGACGCUCCGGCUACGUAGCCUCACAGAGAUCCUCUUGGGUGGUGUGUAUAUUUGGGGGAACCCCCAGCUCUGCUUCCCAGACCCCCAGAACAUCACAUGGAGGGACACUUUGGACGAGCAGAACAUCCAUGCAAAGCUGCACCGACUGCAACCUCGGGCACCUAAAUGUCCAAAUUGUUCGCCUGCAUGUGGGAAAAGCUGCUGGGGGGAAACCGCACAGGACUGCCAGACCUUGACCCGAAUUAAAUGUGCGUCUGGCUGUCAGCGGUGUAAAGGCCCCCUCCCCAAUGACUGCUGUCACAUGCAGUGUGCUGCUGGAUGCACAGGACCAAAAGACUCAGACUGCCUGGCUUGCCGUCACUUCAAUGACAGUGGUGUGUGCAAGGAGAACUGUCCUCCGCCCACUAUCUACGACCCUGUCACCUUUCAGACCAAACCCAACCCAAACAAGAAGUUCAACUUUGGAGCCACCUGCGUCAAAACCUGUCCUUAUAACUAUCUGGCUAUGGAAGUGGCCUGUACUUUGGUUUGUCCCAAAGCCAACCAGGAAGUUAUCAUCACACACCCUGAUGGAAACGAGACGCAGAAAUGUGAAAAGUGUGAAGGAGACUGUCCCAAAGUGUGUUAUGGUCUGGGUAUGGACAACCUCGGCGUCAUGGACAACCAUGGUGUCACCAUGGUGACAUCUUCUAAUGUGGGGCAGUUCAACAAGUGUACGAAGAUUUUUGGUAGUCUGGCCUUCCUCCCUCAGAGCUUUGUAAGGGACCCUGUAACCAACACUUCAGGCCUGACCCUCAAGCAGCUGAGCGCCUUCAAAACACUGGAGGAGAUUACAGGUUAUUUGUACAUUGAUGCCUGGCCAGAAGAGUGGUCCAACCUGAGUGUGUUUGAGAACCUGAAGGUGAUCAGAGGCAGGAUGCUCUACAAGGGUGUGUUUUCACUCGCCAUCCAGAAUCUGCACAUCCAGUCUCUUGGGUUGCGUUCACUACGUAGCGUCAGUGGAGGUCUGGUCCUGUUAAACAACAAUUCCCAGCUGUGCUACACCAGUUCACUGCCCUGGGAGAGUCUCCUCCAUCCCACCCAGGGACCCCACCGCAUCGUCAGCAACAACCAAAACCCGCAAGUCUGUGAGGAAGAGGGGCAUGUUUGUCAUCCGCUGUGUGUGGGGGGCUGCUGGGGCCCGGGGCCCAGCCAGUGUGUGUCCUGCAAGGCUUUCCAACGCGGCACUGAGUGCGUGGAGCAGUGCGACAUCUAUCAGGGGUCAGUGCGGGAAUACGCGGAAGGAUCUUUGUGCAUUGCCUGUCACGCAGAGUGUCGACCUCUCAAUAGCUCUGCCUCCUGUCACGGCCCGGGUGCAGAACAUUGUGCAGAGUGUCGAAACUUCCAGGAUGGCGAGCUUUGCGUGGAUCAUUGUCCCAGUGGCGUGAAGGAGGAUCAGCAGACUGUGUGGAAGUACAGCAAUGCUACAGGAUACUGCCUGCCCUGCAGCACCAACUGCACACUGUCCUGCACCGUGAUGGAUGAGAGAGGCUGCCCCAUCGAUACCAGGACAGGACCGGUUACAACAAUCGCGGCUGCAGUCGGUGGGGUGGUGCUCUUCUUCAUCCUGCUGGCUCUGCUGGUCUUCUACCUGAGGAGGCAGAAGAAGCUGAAGAGGAAGGAGACGAUGAGGAGGAUCCUGCAAGAACAUGAGCUGGUGGAGCCUUUAACACCCAGCGGUGCGUCACCCAAUCAGGCUCAAAUGCGCAUUCUGAAGGAGACUGAGCUGAAAAAACUCAGAGUGCUGGGUGCAGGGGCCUUUGGUACUGUUUACAAGGGUGUGUGGGCUCCUGAUGGGGAAAGUGUGAAAAUACCAGUGGCCAUCAAGGUGUUACGAGAGAACACGUCGCCGAAGGCCAAUAAAGAGAUCCUUGAUGAGGCCUAUGUGAUGGCAGGUGUGGCCAGCCCCUACGUGUGUCGCCUGCUGGGGAUUUGUCUGACCUCCACGGUGCAGCUGGUCACUCAGCUGAUGCCGUACGGCUGCCUCCUGGACUACGUCAGGGAGAACAAGGACCGCAUCGGCUCCCAGUUCCUCCUCAACUGGUGUGUCCAGAUCGCCAAGGGGAUGAGUUAUCUGGAGGAAGUCCGGCUAGUCCACAGAGAUUUGGCCGCCCGCAACGUUCUGGUUAAGAACCCAAACCACGUGAAGAUCACCGACUUCGGUCUGGCCCGUCUGCUCGAUAUAGACGAGACUGAAUAUCACGCUGAUGGAGGGAAGGUGCCGAUUAAAUGGAUGGCCCUGGAAUCAAUUCUGCACAGGAAGUUCACUCACCAGAGUGACGUCUGGAGCUACGGGGUGACGGUGUGGGAGCUGAUGACGUUUGGCGCUAAACCCUACGACAUGAUCCCCGCCAGAGAAAUCCCGGAUGUUCUAGAGGGAGGAGAACGGCUUCCCCAGCCCCUCAUCUGCACCAUCAACGUCUACAUGAUCAUGGUCAAAUGUUGGAUGAUUGACCCAGAGAGCAGGCCGAGGUUCAAAGAUCUGGUGAAUGAUUUUAGUGCCAUGGCCAGAGAUCCUCCUCGCUAUGUAGUCAUUCAGAACGACGAGCAGAUGAGCAUGUCCAGCCCAGUGGACAGCCAGUUCUUCCGGAUGCUGCUGGAGGAAGAAGGGAACAAUAUGAGCGAACUGCUGGAUGCUGAGGAGUAUCUGGUGCCUCAGCCAAACCUGUUCCCCAGGACUCAGGGAGACGGGGCUCAAGCCAACGGGCCAUCCAGACACCAAUCGUACAGGCAGAGCAGAGAUCAGGGCUUAGAUGUCGAGCCCUCUGUCACCGGUGGCCCGCGGAGCAUGUACUCCUCCCUGAGCACUCUUGGCCGGAGCCAGUAUCCUACCUUACCUUUAGGAGCCAGCGCCUCCAACGGCCUGUGGCCUCCUCAGUACCCAACGCUGGAACGCAGCCCUUCGGCCGGGGGCCAAUCUGACUCGGUCUUCCUGGACGGGCCUCCGGACGACCCCUCGCUGCCCCCAGCCAGCCCUGGACGCUACUGUAAAGACCCCACCUACUCCAACGGGAGCCAGGGCGACCUGGAGACAGACGGGCCAAAUGGCUUUCCUCACCCUCAUCACCUUCACCACUCACUGCCCAGACGGAGUCAUGGGUUAAAUCAUAAUCAUGCCUUGCCAGAGUACGUCAACCAGGAGAUUCAGGAUCUCAGGCCGGGGAUCUCCGAGCGGCCCAGCACGCUGCCUCGUAAAGGCUCCAGAGUAGACCGACGCCUCCCUAAUGGCCUGAGCUCUGGUCACAGCGUGGAAAACCCGGGAUACCUGGUCCCCACGAGCUCUGGGGCCUCCACGUCUCCAGCCUUUGACAACCCGUACUACCUGGACCUCGUGGCCAAGGCCAAAGCUGUAGCCGGGGCUGCUGCCGUGGACGGGCCCGAGGCACUGGAGAGAGACGGUGGUUUGCCCAGGCACGUGAACGGGUUUGUGACCCCCACGGCAGAGAAUCCAGAGUAUCUGGGUCUAGCGGACACCUGGAGUGGAUACACUUGAGGAGAGGCACUGGGAGUAAUGCAAUGAACUCAUAAGGAGUCACAGCUUAUGUUGUACUGAGGGAAACGAGGAGCGAGAGAAAGGGAAGAUGAAUGUUUGUGUGAUGGAAAUGAGCUGGGUUUCAUAUUUGAAAUAGUACGUGCACGUGGAAGUGAACCUACUUUCCAUAUCAAGUGAAGUACCAGGUCGAACUUGUCCGGCACCGGUCACCAAAUCACUAAAUUGUGACACUGCAUGACUCAACACAGUGUAGCAGUAAUCUGGUGUCUGUAGCAUCAUUUGUAUUCGUGUCUCCUUCUCAGCAAUCUGCCCGCUCUAUGUGACUGUUAAGUGCCAAAAAAGAAGUUCAUUCAACCUUUGUAUAUAACUCAGUACUUGAUAAUAAGCAAAGGCGUUCACAUUUGUCAAAACCCGUCGUGGUACGCGAAGGGUCUGAUCAUCACAGAAUCUGACUUUUGAAUUAACGAAUGCUGAGAAAAUGGGGGUUUUUUUAUGUUCAGUUUCUUUUAACUUGUUUAAUGUCUGUGGUUGUUUCUUCUAAACGUGAAGCAUUUUUUUUUUAUGUUCGCUUCUGUUCCCUCGUCUUUAUAUGCUACUCAGCCCAGCUAAAAAGAGAAAAAAACAAAAAACAUAUAGAACACUUUGACAAAGUGAGCCAUGAUGUGCAUUGAAGGUGAUGUUUAGUAUUCUGGUCACUUUGUCUGUGACCUGAUGGGGGUCUUCAACACACUCAAAGCCAUUUUGUUUUGGCCAGAAAAGGCCCUGCAGCCCAUCUGGCCAGUGGACAUGCUCCCUGAAAGAAAGGCAUCCUGUAUGGAGAAGACAGAGGCAUUGUGCCACGCUGAUGUAUGUGGUUGUUGGUGUGUGUGUGUGGCUGCAGCUACUUUGCGGUACAACCGAUGAGAUGCGAGGUACUAGCAGACUCUCUACGCUGCACAAAUCUCAAAAAUAAUGUUUUUGUUCUGAAGACAAAGCAUACUGGUGACUAAGUUAGAGCCGAGUUUUCAGGGAUUUGCGAGUUUUCAAAGAAUAAGGGGAGAUGAUGUGCUUUUUAAAGUAUGCACGAUGCACUACAUGUUAGGGUACUGCGUAUGGCCCCCAGGCUUGUGUUGUCACAAUGAGCCGUUUGGUUUUGGUGGCCUCUCACUGUGCAAGAAAGCACUACAAGCUAUAUUCCACAAGAAGUGAAGAAUUUUCAUGAGCAUUUACAUAUGUCGGCUGCCCUUUAUGCAACAAAAAGCAGUUCUGCUGUUUGUGUUUUUGUGUAGAAGUGGAGACACUGGAGCUGAAUGUGAAUCUGAGGAGGCCAAAGCAAUGCUCUGCUGGGUCUGGAUAAUCAAUGCAUGGCUCAAAUUCCACUCAGCGAGAACACACUGGCAACCCAGUUAAUAAUCAACAGCAUUUUUUUUGAAGGGUGUUUUUUUUCAUGUCAACUGGUGUUGGGAUGGGGGAGGUCAAAAGCGGCUCAAUGGAGCCUUUGUGUGACCCUCAUGUCCUUGUUGGAAAGUCGGCGCGCUCCCAACUCGCACGUCCCAACGACUGAUGUUGUCGCAGCGUUGAAAGGAGACAAAUAGCGUUUUCCUCUGCAGGGGUUUGGAGGUCUGCGGCAGAAUGCCGCUCAGUGUUUGGGCCCCGAUAUCCUGAAGAAGUCUUGAAACAAUUGACUGGGUUGUUGAAAACCCGCCGCCCCCCCAACACAUCAGCUUUAAUCUGAGAGUCUUUGGGAAACGUUCUGCUCACUCGAUGUUCUCAUACGGGUUUUGAAGAGAAAUGACACCUGAUUUUAUACAAUGUAACGAUUCUUACAUUAAAUAUAACAUGUUUUUAUAAAAGCAUGGUCAGCUUUUAUUUUAAUACCCUCAUCUAUCUUACUAUCUACUAACAUUGUUUAGAAUGUAAUUAUUAUUGAGUGAUGAGAUUCAGUCUUUUAAUGUUUAUAUAUAACGGAUAUACAGUGCAGUGUUUUGGAUUAAAACCCGUCAUAUGUAUUGUUUCUGUCAGGUGAAGACCUCAUAUCUCCACAAAGUUAAUUUUUUAGGGGAAAAACAGACUUUAGUUUUGUGUUUUCUCAUCAAUUCUGUGGUAUUUAAAAAUGGUUUUAUAAGAAAACCUAGCGCAACUUGUGACCAUUAAAUUGAAAUUUAAAGGUGCACCCCUGGCUUUUUUUUCCUAUUACCCAAGAAUUUCCAAAAGUUAACAUUUACCACAUCAACUAUAAAGUGUGUGGAAAUUUGGGGAUUUUGGGGUGAUAUUAGCUGUAAAAAAUCAAAAUGUUAUUGCACAGCUCACAAAUGUUCACACUUCCACAAGAAUGUGAUAUUUCUACUGGUUAUUAUGAGUCCAAUACCUUCUGUACAAUCACUAUUAAUGUACUGGUGUUUACACUGUAGUGUUGUGUUGUAGCUCAAACAUUACCCGGGAAUGAUCUACCUGCUGUCCUCUGUAAAACCACGUGUGUUCUUUCUCUAGUCGGUCUUUUUCUUUGACACAGUUAUUUCCAUAUAAAGCCAUUCAGCUGUAAUAAAACCAGAACAGACCCUGAGGACUGGCACCAGCCGCCUGUUGAUUCAUGGUAGCACAUUGAAGGUCCAGUGUGUGGGAUUUUGGGGCAAUGUUCACAAUUAUGUUUUCAUUAGUGUAUUACCAACUCAAGAUCAGACUUGUGUUUGUUUGUUUUGUUUUGUUUUUUUGUUUUUUUACAUAGAAUGAGUUCUUUAUAUCCACAGAGGGAGUGAGUCCUCUUCCAUGGCCAGACAAACCAAACACUGCCUCUGCAGAGCACCUUUUUGCAUUUAUAGCAUUUUAAGCAGCCACCGUAUGGGAGGAUUAAUUGAGUGGGAUUCAUGUGGCUGCAAUCUGCAACCUCACCACUAGAUGGCACUAAAUUCGACACACUGAUCCCUUUAAUCUCCUGCCAUGGCCCCUGUUAAAAUGUUCUUUGGCAAAAUGGGGAAUCAUGAUCAGCUUUCUGAUUGGAGCCGAAAAAGUAAAUAGUUGUUUGACUCUUUUUCAAUGAGACUGAGCAGAAGCAUAAACAGGGUGAAAAUUGGGCCUGUGACUGUUUUUACAAGUUUGUUAAACAUCUACAAGUCUGUUAAAAAGUCUCUAAUGUGAAUGAAGCAAGAAAUUGUGCUUUCAUCCAGGAAUAAGCCCACAAGGAAGGAAGGAAGGAACAGUAAACUUACGGGAGUGUGCUGAAGGUCUUGUAAAAUUAAAUAACUGUACUUUACAUUUUGAAGAAAAUGUAUCUUUUGUACUUUUCUUGUGAAUAUUUUUGUACCUUUCACAGUUUGUGUGAAUAAUAACCAGUUUAUUUUUAAUGGAUCCCUUUCUAUUUGGUCAGUAAGUCCUGUAAUGUAAAUGUGUAGUAUAUAUAAAUAAAAGCAAUCACUUUGGUAGCUAAUUUGAUUGAAUAAAUUGUGACCAGUUCCUCUACUGCAGAGGGAGGGUGGAGUAAAUACAUAAGAAAAUAUUUUAUGAAGAAAUGGUCAUUUUUAUAUGGAAUUGUUUGCGUACAGUAUGUGUGUCAUUAAAAGCAUAUAAAA